AUGGCCAAUUCUUCCUCCGUCGUCGAAUUCCUAUUGAUGGGUUUCUCCAGCCUUGGAGAGUUUCAACUUGUCCUCUUUGCUGUCUUUCUCUGCCUCUAUCUGAUCAUCUUGAGUGGAAACGUCACCAUCAUCUCAGUCAUCUGCUUAGAUCGCAGCCUGCACACACCAAUGUACUUCUUUCUAGGUAUCCUCUCCACCUCUGAGAUCUUCUACACAAUUGUUAUACUGCCCAAGAUGCUUAUCAACCUGUUCUCUGUACUUAGGACACUCUCCUUUGUGAGCUGUGCCACACAGAUGUUCUUCUUUCUUGGUUUUGCUGUCAGCAAUUGCUUGCUGCUGGGAGUGAUGGGCUAUGAUCGCUAUGCUGCCAUCUGCCAGCCUUUGCGCUAUCCAAUUCUCAUGAGCUGGAGAGCAUGUGGACAACUGGCAGCAACUUGCAUUGUUAGUGGUUUCCUCGUAUCUCUGGUGGGAACAACAGUAGUCUUUAGCCUCCCUUUUUGUGGCUCCAACAACAUCAACCACUACUUUUGCGAUAUUUCACCAGUCAUCCGUCUUGCCUGUGCUGACACUUACAUCAAUGAAUUGGUCAUCUUCAUCUGUGGGGUGCUGGUGCUUGUUUUGCCCUUGUUAUUCAUCUGUAUCUCUUACGGCUUCAUUGUCCACACCAUCCUGAAGAUCCCAUCAGCUGAAGGCAAGAGAAAAGCCUUCUCCACCUGUGCCUCCCAUCUCAUUGUGGUCAUUGUCCAUUUUGGCUGUGCUUCCUCUGUCUACCUGCGACCCUCAGCCAAAAACACAUCAGGCAAAGACAGGCUAGUGACAGUGACCUACACCAUCAUCACCCCACUGUUGAACCCUAUGGUAUAUAGCCUCAGGAACAAAGAUGUACAAGUAGCCAUUAGGAAAUUAAUUGGGAAGGCUGGCUUUUCUUUCAAGACUUUGUAA